AUGCGAGACCGUGGCCACAUGCUUUUUCCCCCCCUGGUACAAAAGUUUGCCAAAGUUCGAUACCUGGCCCACAAUCUCGAUCCAGUCGUGGAUCUUCCUUAUAUCCCUCCCGUCGAGUUCCACCCUCCCAUCAACUUUGAGUACGACGCAGUUCUCCAAGUCGCGCCUACAAUGGAACCCACUCCCUCCUCUUCCUUUGUUCCUCAACCGGCUCCCCAGCAUGGAUUUGCUACAGUGAACUACUCCUUGCCGUCUAUCCCGCGUUCCACUCGUUCCUUCUCAAAGCGCAACGUUUCUGCUGUGCUACAUGAUUUAGAUGACAAUGCCGACGGGCAGAGUGAUGCAGAGGAGACGGACGAUGAAUAUGUCCCUUCAUCUUCGCGUAAUCCGAAGAAACGUCGUUGUUCCACGCGUAAUACCAAUGCGCCUGCCUACGCUCUUAGCAAUGCCGCGCCCCAAUACGCGUCGCCUUCCGCAAAACGUUCUCGCCCUGCCCCCCCUCCCCGGAACACUCGAGCAAUCCCUGGCACUAAUCUCAGCUCUGCGAGUAAAUCCAACCCUUGGGCUUGUCCCUAUUGCAAGUGGGUUCAGCGCAACCAUCGUACGCCUGACCUUAAACGACAUAUCCGCACGCAUACGCGUUUCGAAAGACCUGCACAAUGGGUCUGCUGCGCGAAUCGGCUACAAUCUACAACAUUCCGCACGGCGCGACUCCAUACAUUCAUAACGGAAAACAAAUGAUUGGAGGAUGUGGGAGAGAGUUCAGUCGGCGGGACGCGCUGAAACGCCAUCUGGGCAAUGACCACAUCUCUUGUGUUGGAGAUAUCGACGCGUUCGCUAACGUCUACGACGACUGAAUCACGAAUUUUGAUGAUGAAACGAUCCCCUUUGUGAUGACCGUCAAGAUCAUCUGAUAGCAUUUACUUAUAUGUAUUAUCAAGUAUACCAGACUUCGACCCUAAUCUCUCUCAUUCGAAACACGCGUGCUUAUGCAUAUGUAUGUAUCACCUCCUGCCAGCUGCUGCUGCACCGAACUAUUCUGUACAUUCCUUACUGCAUUUUCGUCGUAGUCCUUGUAUCACCAUGCAACCCUCCGUAGAAAAAUUCGCAUUCAACUAAAUCUGAUUUUCUCCGAACGAGCUCGAGGUCACUGAAAAGUGU